GCGGGGCCCAGGUGCCGAGCAGCUCGGCGGGGCCCAGACGGGAGAGGGGGCGGGUGAGGAGGGGGUUACGCCACGACGUCGGCUGCGCGAGGUUUCGCGCGUGAGCGGCGUCGGCGCUGGGCCUGGCUACCGAGCUCUCCCCGCGGGCUAGCAGGUCUCGACGCCGGCUGCUGGAGGAGCGCCGGGAGGAGAGAGGUGUCGGUGUCCGCGGCGUAGUCGACGGCUGCACCGGCCAUGGAGGAGACGCAGCCGUUGCCGCAACCUGACCUGUCGCUGUGCGACAGCCUCAUGAUCUGGCUGCAGACAUUUAAUACUGCCUUGCCCUGUCAAGAUGUCAAACAGCUGACUAAUGGAGUUGCCAUGGCACAAGUUCUUCAUCAAAUUGAUGCAGCUUGGUUCAACGAAUCUUGGUUAAGCCGAAUUAAAGAGGAUGUUGGGGAUAACUGGAGAAUAAAGGCUAAUAAUUUAAAGAAGAUUCUUCAAGGGAUUAUGAAUUACUACCAUGAGUUUUUAGGGCAGCAGAUUUCUGAAGCACUUAUCCCUGAUUUAAACCAAAUAACUGAAUGUUCAGAUUCUGUGGAGCUUGGGAGACUGCUUCAGCUUAUUUUAGGUUGUGCGGUCAACUGUGAAAAGAAGCAAGAACAUAUUCAAAAUAUAAUGACCCUGGAAGAGUCUGUUCAACAUGUGGUCAUGACUGCUAUUCAAGAGUUGAUGAGUAAAGAAAUAUUGAGCUCCCCUACAAAUGAUGCUGUUGGAGAAUUAGAGCAACAGCUUAAAAGGGCCUUGGAAGAGCUUCAGGAAGCACUAGCAGAAAAAGAAGAGCUGAGGCAGAGAUGCGAAGAACUGGAUAUGCAGGUGACUGCACUUCAAGAUGAAAAGAAUUCACUGGUUUCUGAAAAUGAGAUGAUGAAUGAAAAACUUGACCAGCUGGAUGGCUCUUUUGAUGAUCCAAAUACAAUGGUUGCAAAAAAGUAUUUCCAUGCACAAUUACAACUAGAACAAUUACAGGAAGAAAACUUCAGGCUUGAAGCGGCAAAAGAUGAUUACCGUGUUCACUGUGAAGAGCUUGAAAAGCAACUAAUUGAGUUUCAGCACAGAAAUGAUGAAUUGACUAGUCUCGCUGAAGAAACAAGAGCUCUGAAAGAUGAAAUAGAUAUUCUUAGGGCUACCUCUGACAAAGCAAAUAAACUGGAGUCAACAGUUGAGAUAUAUCGUCAGAAGCUGCAAGAUUUGAAUGACCUUCGCAAGCAGGUGAAAACUUUACAGGAAACCAACAUGAUGUAUAUGCACAACACAGUCAGCUUAGAAGAAGAAUUAAAGAAGGCGAAUGCAGCACGUACGCAAUUAGAAACAUACAAAAGGCAGGUUCAGGAUCUUCACAUUAAGCUUUCCUCUGAAUCCAAAAGGGCAGACACUCUAGCAUUUGAAAUGAAGCGACUAGAAGAAAAACAUGAAGCUCUACUUAAGGAAAAAGAGAGACUAAUAGAGCAGCGUGAUACUCUGAAAGAAACCAAUGAAGAGCUUCGAUGUUCCCAAGUACAGCAGGAUCACCUAAGCCAAACAGAUGCGUCUCCUACAAAGAGUUAUGAGAAUCUUGCUGCUGAGAUUAUGCCAGUGGAAUAUAGGGAGGUGUUUAUUCGGCUUCAACAUGAAAAUAAGAUGCUUCGCUUACAGCAGGAAGGUACUGAGAAUGAACGUAUUGAAGAACUUCAAGAGCAGCUAGAACAGAAACACCGUAAGAUGAAUGAAUUGGAGACUGAGCAAAGGCUGAGCAAAGAACGUAUCCGAGAAUUGCAGCAACAGAUUGAAGACCUCCAAAAGGUUUUACAGGAACAAGGCUCCAAGUCUGAAGGCGAAAGUUCCAGCAAACUAAAGCAGAAGUUGGAAGCUCAUAUGGAAAAACUAACAGAGGUCCAUGAAGAAUUACAGAAGAAACAAGAGCUCAUUGAAGAUCUUCAGCCAGAUAUAAAUCAAAAUGUACAAAAGAUCAAUGAACUGGAAGCUGCUCUUCAGAAGAAAGAUGAAGAUAUGAAAGCAAUGGAGGAAAGAUAUAAAAUGUACUUGGAGAAAGCCAGAAAUGUAAUAAAAACUUUAGAUCCCAAAUUAAAUCCAGCAUCAGCUGAAAUAAUGCUACUUAGAAAGCAGUUGGCAGAGAAAGAGAGAAGAAUUGAGAUUCUGGAGAGUGAAUGUAAAGUAGCAAAAUUCCGUGAAUAUGAAGAAAAACUCAUUGUUUCUGCUUGGUAUAAUAAGAGUCUAGCGUUCCAGAAACUGGGGAUGGAGUCUAGACUUGUGAGUGGCGGUGGUGCUUGCAAAGACACUGGCCCGUGUACUCCUGCACGGUCUUUCUUAGCACAGCAACGGCAUAUCACCAACACCAGGAGAAAUCUCUCUGUUAGAAUUCCUGCUACAACAUCUGAUUAAACUGCAAAAGGAAACAUAAACAGAAGUGCCCUUAAAAUAUUUUGUACUUUUCAACUAACUACCAGAUUGAAAAAGAAGUUUAUGAUACUGGAUACCAGGUAUUUUAAAAUCAAAAUGCAUCACAUUAAUUUUGCCAGCUGACUUUGAAAACAGAGUAUAGAAUUAGCUAUCUCUCUGGGGGAGCACAUUUGAAUAAUUGGAAUAUGUAAUUACACAAACAUCUCCAACAAACAUUUGUCUUUUGAGAGUAAUGUAACUUCAAAUCAACUUUGUAUAUUUUAGUUUAAUGUUUUCAGUUGUACCAAUAACUUAAUUAAUUUGUAAUAUGUAAUGAGUAAUAUGUUAUGAUAAAAUGUAUCUAGACUUGUUUUAUUUUUUUGGUCCAUAUAAAAAAUAGUCUUGAGGUAGGCACAUGAUAAACUAUACAAGGGUGAUUUCUUCAACUUCAUAUAUACAAGGGUUUACUGCUAUCCUUAAAUUCUUUCAUUAAAUGCAUACAUAUAUUUUGUCAUGUCAUAGAAGAUAUAAUGUUUGGAAUAUUUGACUGUUGGAAUGAUGUUGCCAUAGUAAAAGUGACUAAUUAGAAAUUCUGUAGAUUCUGAAGAGGUCACAGUUCUCAUAGGUACCUCCUGUAAACAAGGGCUUCUGGACAGCAUGAUUGAAAUGCUAAGGGUGGGGAAUAAAGUGACAUUUAUAAGAGGUGACUUUCUGAUAGAAAGCAAGCUAAAAGCUAUAUUUUGUGUUAAUGUUUACAUACUUUUUAAUGUAAUUAAUAAUGAUUCAAUUACUCCUUUUAAGUAUAAAAUUAUCAUGGCUUCUGCCAAAAAAAGAUAUGGUAUAAUAGUUUUACCUCCUCAUUGAAAAGAGAUGUUGCAAUGAUGAAAAAACUUGGAAUCAGUCUCAUUUUUGUUUACUGAUUGAGGAGUUUGUCUUGCUCAGUUUGUGGUAUUCAGUUCAUUUCUGCCCAAAGCUCUUAUUUGCAAAGGUAUUACUUUUGAAUUUUGGGGUGAUUUUUACAUUUUACCACUUUGGAAUUUUAGUUAAGUUGUGUUAAAUUUGUGUAGUCCUGUAUUGUAGCCACAAGCCACAUGUGGCAAUUUAAAUUAAUUGAAAUUAAAAAUUUAGUUUCUUGGUUGCACCAGCCACAUUUCAGACGCUCAAUAGCCAUGUGUGGCUGGUGGUUGCUGUAUUAGGACAGCUAUAGAAUAUUUCCAGCAUUGCAAAAAGUUCUAUUGGACAGCGCCAUACUAAAUCUUUUUGUAACUCAGAAAUACUUUUUGAUAUUAGACCACAAAUGUAAAAAGAAGAAUAUUAGUACUGUUUCAGAUGUAAAAAAGAAUUGAAUUGUGACAUAAUUAACAUCUUACAUUCUAGGUAGUUGAAUACCUUAUGUUGUGACAACCAUAGUUAAUUGUUCCAGUACUGUUCAACAAAUGCAUACCUAUUAGCAGUAUGUCUAGACCAGGGUCAGCAAACUUUCUGUGAUGGGACAGGUACUAAAUAUUUUAGUAAAUAUCUCAGGCUUUGUGAGCUGUGUAGUCUCUGUUGCAAGUAUUCAACCCUGCCAUUACCGGGUGAAAGUAGCUAUACACAAUGUAUAAUAUAAACAAAAUGGACAUGGCUGUGUUUUAGUAAAACUUUCUUUACAAAAACAGGUGGUAGGCCGGAUUUGGCUUGCAGGCUAUAGCUGUGGUCUAGAUUUUAUUCUUAGCCUUUCUUUGCAAAUACAGUAUGAGCAUUGUUCCAUUUACAGUAUUACUCAUUUGGAUACCUGGUUUUUAGAUUCUUGCCCAGUAACUUUUUAAUCACUGCAAAUGUGCAAAUUUCAUACUACAUUUGGGUCUCUGAGAUUAGGGAGCAUCUGUCAGGAUAUUUUGUUUUAUCAGGGUUACUUCUGUUGACUACCUCUUAGACUUUGAUGUAAUUGUUGAUUUGCAUUUUCAUACGUUCUUGUAGUGUCUGCCUGCCUGUGACUUUUAGUGAAAUGAAAUAAGCCUUUGAAAAUAUCUUAGCAUGCUAUUUAAAAUUUUAUAAAUAUGAUGACAUUUUGGUAUAUUUUGGUUAGUGAAGACAUCUGCCCCUUUAGUGUUUCUAUACUUAUAAUUGAAAUUUUACGAGCUCUUCAAGCUCCCUUUUAAUGGAAUUUAUUAUAAAACAUUAACUUUAAUAAAUUAGUGUUUUCAUUUCAGUUGCUCAUAAAUAUUCAUUAUUGUACUUGGAAUUUCUACAUAAAACAAUUUCUGAAUGAGGAUAUAAGGAUAGAUUCAUUUUUCUUAAUACAGAAAAAGCAAAUUUUCUGAUUUAUCACUUUUCUAGGUGAUAAGUAGAAUUUAAAAUGAUUUAUAAGUAUUUAUACAAGGCUAAUGUAAUUUAAAGUUCUGUAUUAUUGUGAUUAAUCAUACAGAAAUUCAGGAACUGAUCAGAAGUGAGAUUCUUUCCACAUCUGGUUAAUGUAGUGAGACGGACACCCUGUGGGUGGUAAGGCAUUAUAGAUAUUUCAUCAUGAACCAUGAUGUAUACACAUCUGUGUUGUAAGAGAAGCUUGAAGGCAUAUACCAUGGAAGAGAUACUCAGAAUUUAUCUAUUUGAUAAGGAAUUAAAUGACCCAGUGAUUAUAAAGUAAAACCACAGACCAAUUUGAAAAUUAUCUUUAAUUUUGAGCAUUUGCUCUAAGAUUAAUAUUCCUUUCUCUUUUUAAAAUAGUGUAUAAAUAUGACAGUGAUGUCUAUCCUGAGAUUAACUUAAUGUAUUGAGAAAUAUUUGAAGUUUAUUCUAUUUUUCAAUGAAUAAGGCUGUCAAACUAAUGAUUUAGUAUAGAUUAAGAAUUAAUGUCUUGUCUAGAAAUAUUAAACUGAUGACAUUAUGAUGUCAUCUUUGAUAACUGAAGUACUAAUUUAAAUGUUAGAUAAUGUUUCCACAUCUAUCCCUGUUUCUGUGUAGGGGCACAUCUGGCCUGUGAGGGGUUGGCUUUUAGGCCACAGAGCUGUCUGUUAGGUUCCCCCUAUGUAUAUUUAAUGAGAAACAUUCCUAUGUAAAAAUGUGUGUAUAUGGUUGUAUGCAUACAUUCUUAUUGUGAACCUGUAUGUUGCGAAGUAGUUUGCAAAUUUGUAAAGCACAAACCAUAAAAGAAAACAAUGUGCAGUUAUUAAACUUGAUGUUCCAUGAAUGUAAUGUUUAGUUUAUAAAAGGUCCUUUCUAUUUUCUAUGGCAAAGACUUUGACACUUGAAAAAUAGAAGCAAUACUUGAUUUAUUUUUGUAAGUAUUUAGAAUAUUAUUUUAAAUAAAUGAUUGUCCAAUAACAAUAUAAUAGUUGUAAAAUGUUUUCAGUAAAUAAACUUUCUGCUUCUGUGUCUGUUAUGAUGAGUUUUUAGUGGGCACAAAUGCACGUUUAUUUGCUGUUUUAAAUAAAGGACUGAAAAUA